GAUGCCUCCUUCCCUGCUCUGCCGUCUCGGUGGGGUCCAUCGCCAGCUCUCCUGUUGCUCAGAGAUGUGGAGGCUGUUGCUAAGAGACCGUGAAACGUCAGUACCUGGCCCUCGAGGAAAAAAAAAAAAAGGAGCGAAAAAGGGAGCAGGGAGGGAAGAGAGAAAGGGAGGGAGGAGGGAGGGGAGGAUCUAGCGGCAGCCACCAGCCCCAGCAGCCUCGGCACCAGCCGAGUCUGGGUGAGAAGCACUCGGAUUCCGUGAACUUUCUUCUAAGCCGCCCGCCUCUCUCGGUUCCCCUUCGAGUAAGGGAAGGGGAGCGGCAGGGGGACCCCAGCGCUGGAAACCCCGGAGGAUGCCGCCCCAGGAUCCCGGAGCCGCCGAGGAGGAGACGCCGGGGGCGGGGAGCAGCCCUGCAGGCUGUCUGUCCUCCUGAAGCCUCGAGCCGGGAGGCCGGGAUGAGGGAGGGGCGCCCGGGCCUGCCGCAGGCGGAUGGCUGUGUCCUCGGACCUGACCGGUCGUCUGCCCCCGCCCGCUGAACGCCGAGCCCGCCGGGGACCUGAGCCCCGCUAGUCCUGCGCCUCCGGACGCGGGGCUCCUCCCGCCGCAGCAGCCCACAGCGCGGCUCGCCUGGGUCCUCCUCUCCCCGGGGACCUCCCCUCUCUGGGGUCCUCGGGAGACACCGAGCCCGCGGACUGAGGCGGCCAGAGGCCCCUGGAGGUCCCCUUCCCCCCGGGACCCCUCCCCAAGACGGCCACCCCGGGACCCUCCCGGAUCGAGGCCCCUGGGAGAAACGGCCUCCGAGACCCCGAGGGUGGGAGACAGCAGGGCAGCCCUGGCUGCCUGGUCGGCCCAGACCUAGGACUGGGCUUCGGCGUUCCAGGACCUGCCAGGCCCCUCGGAAGGCCCCUCUGCUGUCCCCACGCCCCUCCCAGCUCUCAGACACGGUCCGGGGGUGGCACCCAACAGUCAUGGGCGAGAAGGACCCCAAAGACCUGCAGGGCCCCUUCCGCGACGUGCGGGCAGCUGGUCCCUUCGCAUCCUCGUGUCCUCCCUUUCUCGUGCUCUGAUCAUCCGUUCCAACCCUGGGGGGCCUCGGCUGGGCGGCGAGCCCCCCUAGUUUCCAAAGGGGACCUCCUGUGGCGCUCACCCAGGGAGCCCUCCGGUGCCCAGAGGCCCCUGGGAGAGGCUUAAGCCAUGACCCCGCAGGGCCCCCAAGCCCCACCUCCCAGGGUUCUGGCCCCCGAGGGAGCAGCUGCCCUUCUGAGCGGCUGACUCUUGAUUCCAAGGCCAGAGCCCCCGUCCCGAUGGGCUCCGUCCAGCACCACUGUUGCCCGCAGCCAAAGAUGGGCGACACCUGGGCCCACGGGCCCCGGCCUGGGCCACCGCGGCCCGCCCUGCUCCUGGUCCCCCUCCUCGUGGCGGCCGGGGUGAUGCCCUCGGACGGCGGCGCCAGCUGCCCGGUGCUCUGCACGUGCCAUAACCAGGCGGUGGACUGCAGCGGCCAGCGGCUCUUCUCUGUGCCCCCGGAGCUGCCCGUGGACACGCGCAACCUCAGCCUGGCGCACAACCGCAUCGCCGCUGUGCCGCCCGGCUACCUCACGUGCUACCGCGAGCUCCGGGUGCUCAGCCUGCGCAACAACUCCCUGGUGGAGCUGCCUGCGGGCCUCUUCCUCCACGCCAAGCGCCUGGCACACCUCGACCUGAGCUACAACAACCUCAGCCACCUGCCCGCCGGCAUGUUCCAGGCCGCGCACGGCCUCGUGCGCAUCGACCUCAGCCACAACCCCGGGCUGCGCCGGGUGCACCCGCGCGCCUUCCAGGGCCUGGCGCAGCUGCGGGACCUCGACCUCAGCUUCGGGGGCCUGGCCUUCCUCAGCCUCGAGGCCCUCGAGGGCCUGCCCGGGCUGGUGACCCUGCAGAUCGGCGGCAACCCCUGGGUGUGCGGCUGCACCAUGGAGCCCCUGCUCAAGUGGCUGCGGAACCGCGUCCAGCGUUGCACCGCGGACUCCCAGCUGGCUGAGUGCCGAGGCCCCCCGGAAGUCGAGGGCGCCCCCCUCUUCUCGCUCACGGAGGAGAGCUUCAAGGCCUGCCACCUGACCCUGACCCUGGACGAUUACCUCUUCAUCGCCUUCGUGGGCUUCGUGGUCUCCAUCGCGUCCGUGGCCACCAACUUCCUCCUGGGCAUCACCGCCAACUGCUGCCACCGCUGGAGCAAAGCCAGCGAAGAGGAGGAGAUCUGAUGUGGGGCCAGCGCCCCUCCACACCGCCCGCCGCUGCGGCUCCGCGGGGCCCCGGCCACCUCGGUCGCGCUCAGGCAGGGUCACGAGGCCACCUUUGUGUGCGCGUCUCCGGGGGGCCAGGCGCUGUGCUAGGAACUGGGGCUGCCAGCUGGGUCAGACCUCCACCCUGGCCCCCAAGGCCCCGACAGAGGAGCAGGAAUCCGAAACGCUUCCCUUCAAGGUGUUUUGGGAUGGAGGCCCAGAGGACGGGUCAUCUCCUGUCAAGAAAAUCCGAGAGCAUUACAAGAACGCAGGCGAUGUGUGAAGUGCCUCAUCGAAAGGAACGCCUGCUUUGUCCGUAGCCAGAGAAGGGCAGACACCGGGCGAUGACACGCGUGGUGUGUGAACAGUGACAUCAAUCACUGUGACUUCAGAGUACAGAGCGGGAGGGGCCGGGACCAGAACUUUCCCCCCGACGCCCGGGCCGUCAGCUCUUGGCCUUGCCCACCCCUGCCCCUGGACGGUGACAACGCCUUCGCGCCGGCCCCCUAAGCCUCCUCCUACUGGCAGCCGCCAGGUGAGACCCCUCCCGUUGACCGCCCUUGCCCCAUCCUACGUGGCCAGCUGUCGCCUGCAGGCGAGGUGGUCCAGGCAGUGAACCCCCUGCAGCACCCUUCCGCUCCCCCAUCUCCUGCCUGGCAUGCGAGCGUGGGCUUCCGAAGAGGGAGGCAGGAGUCCUGGCACCCUGGGACUCUUCAUCCUGUGACUGUUUCUGUGCCCACACCAAGGGGUCCCCCCAGGACAGUGCACCCCACCGUGCAGCCCUGCAGCAUGAUCCCGAGGCCUGAUGGAGACGGCCACCACAGUCGUGACCGCAAGAGGGUUCGAUCCUCCUUUGAAGCCACGGACCCGUUUCAGCAAGAGGAUGAGAGGGCUGUUCACUGCCCAGCACCUGCUGGAGUUGGGCAUGGCGAAGGGCUCUCUCCAGAGACAAUCCUGUUCAUGCACACAACAGUCUGCUGAGGUAAGCAUCAUUGCGCCCAUUUUACAGAUGAAGAAACCAAGGCUCAGAGAGGUUAAGUCAUAUGCUACUUAAAAGCAAAAUGAAACCCCAUUCAGGUAGGGGGACAUCACAGUUUCCUCUAACCUUCUCUGAGUUCAAAUUCCAAUUGGAUGAAGCCCCUAGAAAGGACCAGGCACUCUCCUGGAGCACUUGUAAGUCUGUCGACUCACUGAUUUCAAUUCUCCCAGCAACACUGCCUAGUGAGUUCUAUUAUUCCCAUGUUACAGAUGAUUCAGUUGGAACGGGUUGAGUCUCUCACUCCAGGUUAUAUGGAUACACUCUAGAAGGAAGGGGCUAGGCAGUUCUAUUCAGGGAACCCUGUCUAACCGGUCAGUCAAAAAUCAAGGAAUUUCAUGUGCAAAGCACAGUUAGCAUCUUCCUCUUCUUCGGCGUUGGUCUCAUCGUCUUGAUCAUGAGCUUUCCCGUAUUUGUUCAGCGCUGGACAGUUUGUGAAGCACUUUGGUAUCAUUCUCCUUGACUUUUCACGACCCUGGGUGGGAGACAAACCACAAAAUCCUUGCACCUACUUUACAGAUGGAAAAAUAGAGACUCCGGAGCAGGUACGACUUGUGUGCAUGGCAGGGUGGCAACUCAACUCCAUCUCGGUCCACUUUCCAGGGCUUUCCCAGGUGCUUCAGGAAGAAAAUGCCUGAGGGCUCGGCAGAGGGGCCCUUGAAUUCACAGCCAACCAAGAAGGUCCCUGCCAGUCAGCUAAAUAAAGGGCACUGAAAUCCUGCAGUUUAGAGGUACUCGCAUCAGGGCAAAUCCUAGAAGACGCCUGACUUGCAAAGUGUCAACGACACAUCAGAGCUGGUGGCCACCAUGGCAGUCGUGCAAAAGAUAAGACCUCUGGGAAACAGGAGAGAAAGCUGUGUUCCCCCAGACUGCCUAAGCCUUUCUGUGUUGCAAGAGAUACAAAGGCAGCAGGAAGCAGUCCCCUCUGUAGGAUAGGGGACCACUCUAGGACCCAAUCCCAUAUGCUGGCAAGAUCGGCGGAGAUGAGGAUUAAAUCGGGGACUUUCUACUGUGCCCUUGGCUCCAGUAAGCUCGCCUCACCCAUCCUCCUGGCAGGCCACAAAGGAAUGGAGGAGAAUGGCAGAGCAUCUUCCAAGAAGUCUUCCCUGACUCCUGCUGGCCUGAGCUCGUCAACCAAAACAGUGCCCGACACUCUGCUGGAACUGGGGUGCUUGACCCUUGUCUCCUCUGCGUCUCAUGUACAACGUCAGGGCCAGAACUCUGCUCCCUGACGACGGGGCAGGGCCGUGCCCACGCUCUUCCGCUGUGUCCCGGGGCUGGCAGACCAGGGUCGCUCUCUGGGAGUCCAGCCAAUGACAAAAAGAGUAUUUGAGGAAGAACUGUUAGAAAUAACAGCCCUAACACAAACAGUUAAACCUCCCACAGAGGGGCACCAUACACAUCUAUCAUAAUGUCUUAGAGACUCUGGUUUGCUGAAAUAUAGUUAACAUAUUUUAAGACAGGAUUUUUUUUUUGCAUAGAACUAGACCAAGCAAGCCAACCCUUGAGAUCAAAUGCCCUCUCUAAUAAUAAUACUCUUUAGUUCCCAUUGACAGCAAAGCUUUCUGAAUAGGAUACAGGCUUUUAAAGAAUAGAUGCUUCUGCAACUACUAAAAGGUCCCCAGUUAGUAAAUCACAAUGUAGGAUGCAGUUAACUUCCCUACGGCCGUGGAAUUCCCUGCUUCUCCCUUACCCCUCACCACCAUCAUCUUGAACAGGCUCUCAAAGCAAACCUCUAGAGAAAGCUUCUGGAAAUAAUCUAGCAGUCCUGGUUGGUAUCGUUCCCACAACCCUACCGACCAAGGAUCCACGAUGUUGCUCCUACAAGGCUUCCUUAGGCUUUGUCCAGGCGGGUUGACGUGUGAGCCUUGGGGUAUCUCUGAGUCCAUGUGUCUGUGCGUGGGGUUCUUUGGUUGUGGUGUCUCCUGAUACGGCUCCCGUCUCUCUGGAGCCUCAGUUCUUUGACAUGGUCUGCUCAGCUGUCUGUGUACUGUGCAGCUUACUGCAGUAAGAUGGAAUCCCUUCAGGCUAGGGGUAGGAACAGCCACUCAGAAAAUACAGGAGAGACGAGUGUGUAACUGAGGUAGCCUGAUGACAUCCUAACUGCCUCCCAACCCUCAGUGAUCUGUCCUUAUCACAGAAGAUAGGUUCAUGCUGAGCCAGAGGAUAACAAAGCUUAGCUACCCAACAGGGCUACCACGGUCAAGGUGCAGGCCAAGAAAACUGUUCUUUAGAAAAGACACCACUUCUGUGCACACCCGAUGACAAACCCUCAUCUGUAUCUCCAUCCCCACAGGGAUUCCCAGGAAACCCUUGUUGAUGAAGGUCCCCUAGGCUGCUAGGGGCUUCCCAGGGGGCUCAGUGGUAAAGAAUCUGCCUGCCAAUGCAGAAGACAUGGGUUUGAUCCCUGGGUGGGGAAGAUCCCCUGGAGAAGAAAAUGGCAACCCACUCCAGUAUUCUUGCCUGGGGAACCUCAUGGACAGAGGAGCCUGGCGGGCUGCAGUCCAUGGAGUCGCAAAGAGUUGGACACGACUGAGUACUGAACACACACACAGGUUGCUAUAGUUUACCGGCUCCUUUUGCACAACUUGGUGUAUGGAAUUUGAACAGAUCGGGACAGAUACUUCUCCAUCGGGGGAGACCUAGGGCCCCAUUUUCCCUAGAGAUGUCUUUGUGUCACUCUGACACCGGUUCCAGCUCUGAAAGGGUACCGGGAGACACGCUCAUCCAUUCCUCCAAAGAACAUCUUCCCAAAGCUGGAGAAGCUCAUCUGCUCUCCCCAGCUCCAGAGGGAGGCAGCAGGGAAGGGGAGGAGGCAGGCUGCAAGGUCCUUCGCCAAGCACCAUCGAGUCUGCCGCAGCACACUGGCUGGAGAGUUCUGGACCCAGGGAGCUCUCUCAACGGCAGAGGGCUGAUGUCUGGGGGCGGGAGGGUUAGGGCGGGGCGGGGAGUGGGACGGUGCCAACCUUUGUAUGGAGAUGAUUUUAUAACCAUGCACUUUUGUUACCGGGAAGAAUUUUUCAUACACGUACAUUAAUAAUAAAGAGUGUAUAGUUUAA